CACAGUACCAAAAUCAAAAAUCAUCAUGUAGGGAAACUCAAGCAGCGCUAUUUCAGCCUUCCUCCGCAAUCCUUUGAUUCAAUAUGGAUUCGAUGGAUACUUCAACACAACCUAUAGAAGCGUCCCCGACAGCAACCAAUGUUGCUACAUUCACUCCUCACCGGCAUUCUCUUCCAGCAAAUCAGAACAUGGCUGUAAACUCACAGACAUUCUCCGGUCGACCGAGGACUCACAACCGUAGGAUAUCGGACUAUUCAAUACAUACGCAGCCUCCUGCUGCAUUCACCAAUCAACGCUCUGCAUUAAGUCCACAUCAAAUCAGACAGCCUCGACUUCGCAUUUUGCCUACUCAAUUUGAGGACACUGCUUCACAGGACACUGCUCUUCCCAAGACUUCCCUCGCAGGGUUUCGCAAAAUCGAAGAUGGUGCAGCUCAGAUACCCAAGCGCAGUACUUCACCACAUCACGUCACGCCUCUCCAAGCCUUAACUCUACGAAUUAGCGAAACUUUCUCUGCUAUCAACCCAGCCUACAAUUAUAACCCCGGCAAGAAUCCCCGUCGUGUGUUGACCAAGCCAAGUAAGCCGGCCAAGAAUGAAGGCUUUGAUAAUGAAGAGCACGAUUACAUCUUGUAUGUGAAUGAUAUUCUUGGCGCAGAGGAAGGACAAAGAUACCAAAUAUUGGAUAUUUUGGGAGCAGGUACCUUUGGCCAAGUUGUGAAAUGCCAGAAUUUGAUGACGAAGCAAUUGGUUGGUGUAAAGGUGGUUAAAAACAAACCUGCUUAUCUAAAGCAAAGCUUAAUGGAAGUAGAUAUACUCAAACAUCUGAAUACUAAAAGUGAUCCAGACGAUCAGCAUCAUUUGCUUCGACUUUACGAUACAUUCUUUCACAAACAGCAUCUAUGUCUAGUCUUCGAGCUGCUAUCAGUCAACUUAUACGAAUUAAUCAAACAAAAUCAGUUCAAAGGCCUCUCAACGAACCUUGUGAAAGUCUUUGCCACUCAACUAUUGGAUGCAUUAAUCAUACUCAAAGAAAAUCACAUCAUACACUGUGAUCUCAAACCAGAAAAUAUUCUGCUCAAAAACUUGGAAUCACCGGCUAUUAAGAUUAUUGAUUUCGGAUCAGCGUGCCACCAGUCCAAGCAAAUUUACACCUACAUUCAGUCACGGUUCUAUAGAUCUCCUGAAGUUCUUUUAGGAUUGCAGUACACCACCGCAAUUGAUAUGUGGUCAUUUGGAUGUAUCAUUGCUGAACUUUUUCUUGGCUUGCCAUUGUUUCCCGGAAGUACAGAGUAUAAUCAGGUAUCCCGUAUUGUCGAUACAUUUGGGGUACCUUCCAAUUACAUGAUAGAGAAGGGAGAAAACGCACGGCGCUUUUUUGAAAGAACAGGUGAUACCACGGGGGAUCCUAAAAAGCGAUUUGCUCUGAAAUCAAGAGAGACAUAUGGUCGAGAACAAAAAAAGACAGAGCUGGCGGGUAAAAUGUACUUUCAUACUACAAAGUUGAAAGACUUGAUUAUGGAGUAUGCACUGCCACGUAAGGGAAUGAGUGAUCAAGAAAAAGAUCGUGAGAAACAAAAUCGUUUAGCCUUGAUCGACUUUCUGCAAGGCGUAUUGAAGCUUGACCCAAUCGUUCGAUGGUCUCCCCAGCAAGCAAAGAAUCAUCCAUUUAUUACCGGGGAACGCUACUAUUGAGAACACGGUCAUGCCUGCGACUUC